GAGAGGAGCAAAAGUAAGUGGAUAAGAAAAAUUAUCAAAGAAAAAGAGUUGGCCUGUUCUGUCCUCACCACUCUUCUUCUUCUCCCUCAGUCGUCUCUCGCCGGCGUUGGACAUGUCUGUCUCGGUAGCAUGCUGCUGCUUCUCCUUCCUAAAUGCACCCGCUAGACUCCUCCAAUCUUCUUCUUCACCCCUCUGUUUCGUAGCCGCAUCGACGCUGACUCCCCGAGCUAGCUCGAGUUCUAAACUAAACCCAGAGAAGAAGAAGAAGAAAUACACAUUGAGAGUGAGAGAUGAACAUAGUAGUAAUGAUGGACCCCAAACGAUGGCUUUCAAGUCGCCGUUUGGAUCUUCUCAACAGAAAAAGGAUAAAAAAGAGUCUCAGCCUACUACUGAUCUGCGGACUGAUCCUGCCAAGAUUCACGAUGCUUCCUUUCUCGACGCCGUUGUUAAGGUUUACUGCACUCAUACAGCGCCUGAUUACUCCCUCCCUUGGCAGAAGCAAAGACAGUUUACCAGCACUGGAAGGCAACUCUCUUCAUUUUCAGAUUCUUUUUAUUUCUCUCUCUCUCUUGCUUAUAUUGCGUGCGUGUGCAGUGCUUUUAUGAUUGGAGAUGGCAAGCUCUUGACCAAUGCCCACUGUGUCGAACAUGAUACCCAGGUUAAAGUUAAGAGAAGAGGAGAUGAUAGAAAGUACGUGGCUAAGGUUUUGGUAAGAGGUGUGGACUGUGACAUCGCUUUGCUCUCUGUAGAAAGCGAGGAUUUCUGGAAAGGAGCUGAACCACUUCGCCUUGGCCACUUACCCCGCCUUCAGGAUUCAGUUACUGUCGUUGGGUAUCCUCUGGGAGGAGAUACUAUCUCUGUUACAAAAGGGGUUGUAUCUCGUAUUGAGGUAACAUCUUAUGCUCAUGGAUCAUCUGACUUGCUUGGAAUUCAAAUCGACGCAGCAAUUAAUCCUGGGAAUAGUGGUGGCCCUGCUUUCAACGACCAGGGGGAAUGUAUUGGAGUAGCAUUUCAGGUUUACAGAUCCGAAGAGACCGAAAAUAUUGGAUACGUUAUUCCAACAACAGUUGUUUCUCACUUCUUGACUGAUUAUGAGAGGAACGCAAAGUACACUGGUUACCCUUGCCUUGGAGUAUUGCUGCAGAAAUUGGAAAAUCCAGCUCUGCGGGAGUGCCUAAAAGUCCCUACAAAUGAGGGGGUGUUGGUGCGAAGAGUUGAACCUACAUCUGAUGCAAGUAAAGUCCUGAAGGAGGGAGAUGUGAUUGUAAGUUUUGAUGAUCUACGUGUGGGAUGUGAAGGAACUGUACCCUUCCGAUCAAGUGAACGUAUUGCAUUCCGUUAUCUCAUCAGUCAAAAAUUUGCGGGUGAUAUCGUAGAGCUUGGUAUCAUUAGAGCAGGAGAACCUAAGAAAGUUCAAGUUGUUCUGAGGCCAAGAGUGCACCUGGUCCCGUACCAUAUUGAUGGAGGUCAGCCAUCAUACAUAAUAAUUGCUGGUUUGGUGUUUACUCCGCUCUCAGAACCCCUGAUAGAGGAGGAAUGCGAGGACACCAUAGGCUUGAAAUUGUUAACAAAGGCACGCUACUCCGUUGCAAGGUUCAGAGGAGAACAAAUCGUCAUCCUAUCACAGGCAAGCCAUAACGACGUUUUGUUUCCAUGUGCAUUUUGGCGAAUGUUUUGGCAAAUGAAGUAAACAUUGGCUAUGAAGACAUGAACAACCAGCAGGUCCUGAAGUUCAAUGGAACUCAUAUAAGAAACAUCCAUCACCUGGCACACCUCAUUGACAUGUGCAAAGACAAGUAUCUGGUUUUUGAGUUUGAAGACAACUAUGUGGCCGUGUUGGAGAGAGAAGCUUCGAAUUCGGCUUCUUUGUGCAUCCUCAAAGACUAUGGAAUUCCCUCAGAAAGAUCCGCUGAUCUGCGUGAGCCAUAUGUAGAUCCAGUACAUGACAACGAAGCACUUGACCAAGGUUUUGGAGACAGCCCUGUGUCAAAUCUAGAAAUUGGCUUCGAUGGACUGGUGUGGGCAUAAGGGUUCAGAGAAACAGAGGUUUUUUAAAAAAAAAAUCCGCAGACGGAAGCUGCUGGGAGCUUCCCAUAGCCUAUGGGAAAGCUUUCAGAUUCAUACUCAUUCAUAAGGUCUUGACCUGUUCCAAGCUCAGUUCAUUUAUUUCUUCAGAUCUCUAGGGGCUGAAUUUGAUAGAAAAUUUGCUUCUCCCUUGUGUUCAGAUGAGUGUAGUAGUCUAGUAGAACAAAGUCAACAUUUUAUACUAAUGUCUGAUUUUGGUGAGAAAUGAAAUGCAGUAAUGUCUGCUCAA